GAUCUGCAAUUGGUUAUGUUCCAUUCGUUCCCGCCGCGAACUGCGCUGGAGUGGGAUGCAGAGGUCACUUGCUCUCAGCAGCCCAACCGGUUUGUGACCGGAUUCAAGUCUCGUGGUCCGCUGAUGGGAGCGGCGAUUUUCGAUCUCCGACUUCCCGCUUGUGCCAUCGGCCUCUACAUCGGCGUGCGUCAAUGGCAGCACAGCGAACAGCGGGCAUACUGUAGCGUUGUCAACCCUUGGCGUUCGAAUCCAGCGGUGUUCAUCGGCCUCAAUGAUGAAUCCCCGCAAGUGCAUCCGCGCAGAAACACGUGCUUGCUGCAACCAGAACGAGUUCAUCGUUUUGGGGUCAGCUGGAGCCGGCGGCAUUUCGAGUUUUCGAUCGAUGGCGUUGGCGUUUCUCGAGCCAGACUACAUGAAGAAUUUCCAGAUGGACCGUCUUCAUUGGCGCAGCUGUCCGUCUUGAUGCACGUGCAGCCAGGCGGCGUUUGGGAAGCUAUGCAUCUUCGUCCGCUUGCAUCGCCGAUCGACUGGAACGCACAGAUCAAUUGUGCCAUUUGUGCAAGAGACUGGACCCUGCAUCCUGGCAACUGGUGCGUUUGUCCGUUGUGUUCCACGUGGAUUUGCAAUGUUCACAGGCUGCGAUCUCCCGCCCGUCGCUGUCCUGUGUGUCCAAACCAACUCAUGGACUAUUUGGGCGGUGCAUCUCAGGAGCCAGAUGCAGACGCUUCGCAAGCAUCCUUCGGUGCCCGCGUGCAUGCAGAACUGGAAGCACAGAUGGAUGUGGCCACGAGUGGCGCUGAUGCUGCAUCUCCUUUCUUACCCGACGAGGCGGUGUAUGAAAGACAGGACGCGACGCUGGCCUUGUCUAUGGUUGAAGAUGAAACGGAAGAUGUCCAAAAAGAACUAGCUGUGGCCAUACCAUCCUCCGGCCUUCCUGAGGAUGCUGUCGUUUCAGCCAAAAGAAGACGCUUGAUGCCUGGAGCGUCCACCUCUGGUCAAGAGUUCGAUGAUCUAUUCGGUCUGGCGUCAAAGGCGUGCUCGUCCUCCUUGAGUUCAUGUCCUAUUGCAGACGAGCACCAACCAGUGGCAUCCGUCAAAGAGCAUGCCAAGAGACAACUUGAAUAUGUUCGUCUCCAGCAGCCGACAUGGCCUGAGGACAUGGUACGUCUGACAGCUGCCGCUAUCAAUGUGUACAGAACUCGUCUUACUGACAUUUUCGUCCGAGAUUUUGUUGGUCUGCUCUGGAUCAUCGAAGGCGAUAGGUAUAUUCGUGCCCAUCGUGGUGUAUGUUUCUUGUACCACAGCGACGGAGCUUUCGAUCCCUACAGCGGCGUUCCGCCGGAGUCGACUUUUUACAGGUUGAAGAAAACUCUCCUGCGAUUAGAAGGCCUGUUUCGACUCAUGUCGCCUGCCACGGAACGCUCGGACUCCGCAAUCAUUCGGGAGGUCGCUAGAGUGAUGUCAUUUUACAACAGCGUCGUGGAGUUUAUGGCGCUCUGCGAAGACACAGCCCUGAUGUCGGAUACAACGGGGACGCGACGCAAGGGAUCAUCCGCGCAAGAAGGAGAUCCUUCCUCUCAUGCAGGUUGGCCCGAAAGAACAGCUUUCAUGCUUUCGAAAGUUAUGGCACCGCUGCAGAAGGAUUUGCUGGAAGAGCGACGACUACUUCACUUCGUCGUCCAGUGGUGCGAUUCGCCUUCGGACAGAGCGAGUGGAUGUGCGUACCAGGACAUCUCGGUGCUCUAUGAUGCAAAUGCCGCAGUUGUGAAAUAUCUCAUGGAAAUCAAAAAGCCAACGCUGUCCAAGCUUUGGUGGCAACGCUUUGCCAAAGCCAAGAUCGGUACUGACAAGCAAGCAUUCGACGACCUGGUGAAGGAAAACCUUUUUCUUCCAGUGGAUGCAAAACAGGAGCCAGAGAAUUUCAUUCCCACCAUACCUUGUCAGAAGGCGCUGGAAGAUUUAUUUGUUGUCGGCUACGAUUCCGAAACAACAGUGAUGCGUGAACGUCUCAAUGCAAAAAAACUCUGGGAUGCAGUAGAAAGCAAUCCUGCACGAGCUGCCAACGCCGAGCUGCUACAACAUUUCUUUUCGGAAGUGCUAGCAAGGCGAAACUUUCCCAUGCAAGUCAACAGCCUUGUACGCCAGGCGGCCUCUGCUUCUUCAAGUGGUGCUCGAGGUGGAAAUCCUUUCGAUGGAACCGACGACGACGGCUUUGUCAGCCAAGAUGCACGAGUGUUGGUCAGCAGUCAGACAGACAUUGUAUCUGUGUGCAACAUCACGAAGAACAGUCAUCGAGGCGCGCCGCCGGAUAAACUUGCGAAGAAUUUGUUCAUCGAAGAAUUGCAACGAGCAAGUCUUUUCUGCCGCUGGGUCGCUGCGACGAUGCUGAAGAACAUAGCUUGGGAGGACUUGGUGCGCUUGAAGGACAAACCAGAUAUGUCGGUGUUGACAUACUUUUGGAACAUCGCGGAGGAUCUGGUUAUCGAGUCCUGGAUCCGGAGGAUGGAACCGCUGCAAAGCAAGCACAUGUCAUUGCACUUCGAUGGCAUCAGAGUGGAUCGCGACAUCACGCAGCCAGAUGUAGAAGUUUUCUGCGCGAGUUGCAGCGAUGCGAUUUUCAAAGACACUGGCCUGUCUGUCCGUAUUCGUGUGAAAGAGCACUACACCUUCUAUGGCUUGUUGCAGCAAGUGGCGAACAGGAAACCAGUCGAGUGUCCUGAAAGUCUUCGUGCGAAGGGAAAUUGUAUAUUGGCGGCUCUGCAUCAUCUUGGUUUGCCAGAGCAGGCGUCGACUAUGGCAUCGCUAACAGAGGGGCCAGAACACAUGUUUUUUCAACGACGCCGCCAACGAACGUAUGCACAGGUUGCCGAGAAAGCGAACAUCAAAAUCUUUCCUCGAUUUCCAACUGGUGAUUUACAAUCAGGCCAGAAGAUUUUUCUUCAUCUGGCCACCGAAGGCAACCCGCACUGCAUUGCUUUGGAAGUUUGUUCAAGACAUGAAGUAUGCGUAACUGACAUGACUGUCAGCUACACUUUUCCUAUCGAGGAUCUGUUGCGCAUGCUGUUAGAAGCAGCUGAUCGCAAAUACAUCAUCUUCUUCCACCUCAACCGAAAACCUGAAGAUGACCGCGAUGCACAGGACAGCGAGUAUGACCUUCUGCUGGAAACUCUGGCAGGUGGACACUCAGACGAUGAGUUUGUUAAGGACCUGGCUUUGCCUGUCGUGGAGGAGGAGGGGCAAGAUGACGACAUGUUAGAGGAUGACGAGGGCGUGACGAGAGUGGGUGACAAGCUUCUAGGGUUUCUUCGUGAUGAGGUUGCUGUUUUUCUGAACAAGAAACCUGCAGAAGUUGCUGAUGAGGUUCGAAAGAAUGGGAAGGCAUGGUGUCCCUUUUGUCCGCUUCGUUGCUGGGACAAGACUCGACACAGUCGUGUUACGGCGCAUGUCCGAGAAUACCAUUCGGCAAGGAAGCAAUUCGUGGCGAGUGGCACGAAGCAACUAAAGGUUAUCAUCGCACUCCACGAUGACGAUCAGUGUCGGCGGCAGCCUGCCGGCAAUUACUUACGCCGCAGCGCCACUCUGUUGUCCCAAUCCCUGGACGACACAAUUUCAACAAAGCAUAUACUCCUGGACAAGAAGAUAAGGCUUGUUUUGACGCACGAUGGACCGCAAUACUGGUCUCUACAGGCUGUGCAGCAAGGGGAAUUGCGUCGCGUGCGCAAUCUGUACUACACACGGCCCUUCGCUCAACUUUGCUUUCGAGAAGUAUUGAUGUGCAGCGCCAAGGUCUAUGCUCUUCAUGCUCGACUGUUGGCAAUCUUUCCGGGUGCGACCAGCAGCCUUUUACCGCGCCACGCAAAUCACUGGUGGCCAAUGAUCGAGGACAUCUUCCUGUCGGAACGCGUCCGUAGCUUCGAACAGGAACUCGAGAACGAGCUGGUGCAGCAUCAGGAGUUCGAAUUCAUCAGCAUGGAUGCGACGCUACGAUGCUGCUUGCCCGUUAUGGGACAGGCACAUCCGCGAGCAAGCCGAGAAGUGAAAGCACAAGCAGUUUUUCAUGGAGAGAGCGCACUGACCCGAGUAGUUACUUGCAGAGGGCGCACCAAUGCGGUGCUCAUGUUGGCUGCGACCGCGACGGAGGAAACAGAGAUCCUGGUUCAGGCUAUGGCCGAGAAACUACCAGCAGCUGGGCUUCAACAAGUGCGAUGUGUGACUGUAGACAAUCCUUCCGGCAAACUGUGGAAAGGCCUGCGUUGCAUUUGCCCAAAUUUGCAGAUUCUGUGCCUCGACCCUGUACAUCUUGCCAUGACAUGCGAGUAUGCAUCCAGUCGGAAGCGUACGGCAAUGUCCAAGACCUUGCGUGCAAUAUUGCAGAAGUUGUCCGUGCGGAGCUCACGCUGCACUGAAAACACGUGGGGCACUAUUUUCAGAGGCGAUAACGCCAAGCCUCUGACACAUGAGGAGCAGAAGGCUCGCUCGCAAAUUGAGGAUCGCAGCAUGCCGCUAAAGAAAGCUACCGCUGUGCUUGAACAUUUGAAUGCGUCCGUUCCGUUUUUCGAACGGGCUGAGUGGUCUAAGUCGUUGGCUGCUUUGGCAGCUGUGUAUCGGCAAGACAUGGACCGCGUGGUGCCGGGCCCGAACCGGAAGGUGUACGAACUUCUCCACUCGGCUGCCGCUGCAGAGCGGACGGAGUGGUAUUUUAACAACCUUCGCGCCCGACACGCGAUUGCCACCAGCAGACUAAGUCUGCUUCCGGUCGGCACAACUUCUAAUGAAUCAUUGCACCAUGAAAUCAACAAUUUUUUUAGAGAAACGCAAAAAAUUCACAAGACGACCUUGUCCUUAAAGCUCAAGAUUCUGCAGCUUUCGAAGCAGAUGACGCACAAUGCUGCGCUGUACCAUGAAACGACUCGGCAGAUGGCCGAAGCCGAAGUCUUAGCUCGCACAUCGUCCAGGGAGAUGUGGAGCCUAGGGCAGUGGCACGCAUGGUGCGACGAGCUUCAGGAUGACGCUGGGAUCAAGAAGGCGUCUUUGCAUUUUCAUCCACAGAGGGAAAACGAGCGUGACACGGUUCGAGCAGGGGUCUUCAAAAGACCGGCAGCUAAUAUGGCUGAUGCUCCACCAAAGAGGCGGCGAACGCCGCACACUUUGGACCGGCAGGACAGCCUUCGUCGAGCAGGUGUCCGUGGCCGAAAACCGGCUACGUAA